UGAGGUUGUUUUGUAGCUUAUAAUAAGAUUCUAAAACCAUAGAAACGUUCUUCUUUGACUUGUUUUUCAAAAUAUUUAACGUCUAUUUCUCCUCGACAGUGUAUAGAGUCAAACUUUGUUGCCAACAUUGAAAAUUCAAGCACGUCCAUGAGGUGUACGAUGUAGUAGAAACAUAUCGGAUGAAUUCUUCAACAUGCCGAGUAACAAGUCGGCUUCUUUUAAGCGAUUUCCAAUUGGGGACCUUGCAAGAAAGCGAAAGGAGUUAAAGGAAGACUUCUUGGCUGCAGAAAGUGAGACUGCUAGACUGCAGAAUGAAGCAAACAUCGCACAGAAAGACGUCAAUAAACUGAAAAAGAGGAUAAAACGGCACAAGGAGAGUUUAGCAUUACUUGAGGAAGAGGAGCAGUCCCUAGCUGUGAAAAGAAGAAAGCUUGAAAUGCCGUCAAAAAGAAAGAAUACUGCAAGGGACAGUAUGCCGACAUCACUAUGCCAGAACAACUCAGAGAAAAUUAGCUUAGAUAUAUCAGCCAGAUCAGCCAGAAGACGAUGCAAAGAAACACUAAUUGCCUGCGAAAAUGUUCAUGGCCAUAUUGAGGGUAGUAACUCUGCUGCGCUGGAUGGCAUGUGGGUAACCUUAGUAAAUGAAAGUACUCCGAAGCAUCUUCAGUCAUUCUUUGAUACUUCACGGAAGAUACAAGAUAAGGUUAUCCCAGCUAUAACCAAAGCUCAGGUUAAGGAGUAUGAGAAAAGUCAAGACAACUUGUGUAGAAGCUUGAAAGUAUUGUAUGAAGAUGGCCUUAUGUCAAAGAAAAAGUAUAAGUCACUUUUACAAAAUCAGUGGAUAUUGCUAACAUCCAUGACUUUGCAACUGAAUUUUGCCAGGGCCUAG